AUGUCUUUAGUCACUAAACUCCACAUCGCCAUUUCCCCCAAAUUCACCAUCAACAACAACCUUCAAACUAUAAUAAAAACAACAUCCAUUCCCACUUACAACUCCAAAAUUCAAUCCAAACCAAUUUACGUUUCUCACCCCUUGCUGUUUGAACCCAAAAUGCAGGGCCAUUCACCUCGUUCUCUUCGCUCCUCGAUUAAGAGCUCGCUGAUCGACCCCGACGGUGGGGCUCUCGUCGACUUGGUUGUGCCUGAGAAUGAAAGGGCCUCGAGGGUUUUGGAGGCCGAGCCAUUGCCGAAGGUUAAAUUGACCCGAAUUGAUCUCGAAUGGGUUCAUGUCAUUAGUGAAGGAUGGGCUAGCCCGUUGAGAGGGUUCAUGAGAGAAGAGGAGUAUUUGCAGAGUUUGCAUUUCAAUUGCCUCAAAAUUAAAGAUGGGUCUCUUGUAAACAUGUCGCUUCCUAUUGUUCUUGCCAUUGCCGACGAUGUUAAGGACCAAAUUGGGUCCUCAUCCAAUGUGGGGUUGCUCGGUCCCACUGGAGACUUGGUUGGUAUUCUUCGCAGCAUUGAGAUAUUCAAGCAUAAUAAGGAAGAGAGAAUGGCUAGAACCUGGGGCACAACUGUACCGGGGUUGCCAUAUGUUGACGAGGUUAUUACAAAUGCUGGAAACUGGCUUAUUGGUGGAGAUCUUGAAGUAAUAAACCCCAUCAAAUACAACGAUGGACUUGAUCAUUAUAGGCUGUCUCCAAAACAACUUCGGCAAGAGUUUGAUAGGCGUCAGGCUGAUGCUGUUUUUGCCUUUCAAUUGAGAAACCCUGUACAUAAUGGCCAUGCUUUGUUAAUGAACGAUACACGAAAGCGACUUCUCGACAUGGGUUACAAGAAUCCAAUUCUGUUGCUUCAUCCUUUGGGAGGUUUCACAAAAGCAGAUGAUGUGCCAUUGGACGUUCGAAUGGAGCAACAUAGCAAGGUUUUAGAAGAUGGAGUCCUUGACCCUGAAACGACCAUCGUCUCCAUUUUUCCAUCACCAAUGCAUUACGCUGGUCCAACCGAAGUGCAAUGGCAUGCUAAAGCAAGGAUCAAUGCAGGUGCAAAUUUCUACAUUGUUGGUCGAGACCCUGCUGGAAUGGGUCACCCAAAAGAGAAGAGAGAUUUAUAUGAUCCAGACCAUGGCAAGAAGGUCUUAAGUAUGGCCCCUGGCCUUGAGAAGCUAAACAUAUUGCCCUUCAAGGUAGCAGCAUACGAUACCGUGGCGAAGAAGAUGGCGUUCUUCGACCCUUCCCGAGCAAAAGAUUUCCUCUUCAUCUCUGGAACAAAGAUGCGGACUUAUGCAAGGACCGGUGAGAACCCUCCCGACGGUUUCAUGUGCCCCGGCGGAUGGAAGGUGUUGGUCAAUUAUUACGAGAGCUUGCAGGCAGAGGACGCAUCGCCGCAGCAGCCUGCAUUGUCAGUUUAGGAGGAGGAUAGUUUGAGUUCAUUUGUAAAUCUAUGCGGGUUGAUUGAGGAAGCUGCCGAGGAUUGAUUAGAACACAAUGCAACUUCUAUUGUGUAUGAUCUAUGUAUUCUCGGUUUUUAUGGUUUUUAGAUUCUGUUUUUGUUCAAAUGUCUUUUAGAUAUGCUUGUAAAAGUGAAUUAUUCGUCGCAUAUUUUACUUGUGAAAUGAUAUUGAUGUAUUUUGGAUCAUUUAUUUAUUUAUAUAUGUAGUUGACAGAUAUGGUAGAAAC